GAUGGAGGAGGUGAAAACGACAAUUCACCGACUCUAUCUCCAUCUCCAUUCAAAAAUAGUAAUAAUAAAUAAAUCAAUGCUUUUGGCACCUGUAGCUCUAACCUCUUGAGAGAGUACUACAAAUAAAGUAAUAAACAGUUCAUUGCAUUCUGCUCAUGAAAACUUUUCAGCUUGUUUAAGGAAAUCACUGCUAUUCUGGGCAGGUCACGUGAUUCCUAAUCAGGAAAAGCUGGUCAAAGGUGACGGUCAUGAUGACGAUGCUAUUCCUUCAACGGUGGUUGUCCAGAAACCACCACCUUCGCCACCUUCAUCCGGUGAACAGCAACGGAUUGUCUCUCCCCGAAAAGAAGCUGGCUCAGCCGAGGGGUUACAAAACCAUGAUAAUUUUGGUGCUACUGCUAUUCAGGUAAGUUCUUCCAUCUCUCAGUUGGGUCUUCUCAGGUAUUCGAUGUUAUUUUUUCGAGUAUAUUGCUCAUGCAAUUCAUCGACAGCCCUUCACAAACAAAGAAUUCCAGUAAUUAAAAAUGGAGUAUGUUAUAGUACUCAAUUGCUGUGAUUGCUUGUUUGUGAAAUAAACAUGCUGUCAAUGGGUCUGGUUCAAGAGCAGGUCAGUACACCGGGUUUGGUUUUGUAGAUUUGCUUUUGUAUACUUGCAUUGAGAAAACAUGUUCCCCCUUCCUCACUGUUGACUUCUUUUGACAGCGAAGAUGAAACAUUAGAGGCAUGCUACUUAUGUGCUUUGCAUGAAUCCUGAUGGUGGUAGAAGUGUUCCUCUUAGUUAUAUUUUAGCGCCUCCGCUUUAGAUGAAGGGGGAAAAAAAAAGAAAUAACGGAUAUACCCCAUGUGUUGAAGGUUUUCACCUGCUGGUAGCUAAUCUUUUAUUUCAAAAGUUCGCGGAAUUGCAUGACACAAGUAUAAGACUGCGGAAGUCCUUGUUAUAUUGGAGAUCCCAAUAGGUUAUAUAUAUUGCUUCUGCAUUUCCUGUUUUGUUUGGGUUUGACUUGCCUUCUGUGUGUGGCUGUUUUACAUGUGUUUGUUUGAUUUUGUGCUUGCAAUGCGUCACAGUUUCAUAUGUUAGAGCAGCGUGAUAUGAUUUUUUAUUUUCUUCCCCUCACCCCCUUUCCCUGAGUGAUAGUCUUAUGGAAGUGGAAAAUAAACCCUUUAGUGGCUAAUAAGUUUCGUUAAUUACGUGAUAGCAGAUUUGUCACAAUAUACUGAUUGACAUGACUCUCUAUCCUAGACAUUAGUUCAAAUUUUUAAAUCGUUUAAUCAACUACUGUGCUAUCUUGAAUGAUUUGACUCAUAAUGUUUAUGUUUGAUAAUGUUCUUUUCAAUUUGAAGAAGAAACUACUGUUAUCGUGUUGUAACUUGUAAGACUUUUUCAUUUUGAUGAAUAUAUGUGAGGGUGUAGCUAAGGUUUAAUUGUAUAUUGGUUCGGUAACAAUAUCUGUUAUUUUACUAAAUUUGGAAUCCUUCUCGGUAUGGUGUUGGAAUUCGGUUGUGAACUGCUUGUCUGCUUUUAGGGCUACAUUCAGCUUCUUUUGGUCUUUUACUUGUUUCAUUUCUCGUUGCGGCUCUCACUUUGUCUAGUUACAAUACAUGCUUUGGAUUCUCUCUGAGAUGCUCUUGACCAAACUUGCAUGAUGAUAAUGACAGGUGUUUUUUCCACAAAAAAUCAAGGCGCACACACCCUUUUUUCCCCUUUGCUUUUCAGAAAACUUCACUGGUUCUAUUUUCAUGCUGUGCUGUAGAAUAUGGACGCUUCUGAUGCACCAGACGGGGAGCUAUCAACUGACCAAGAUCAUGCUGAUUCCUCUUGCUAUCAAAAAGAUGCUGAGAUUGAAAAUGAGAAGAUGAGGUGUGCACGUUGUGGUUGUGGUGGAGAGCUCUUGUGAGUGUUUGAACUUGAACUUAUUGUGAUAGAUUGUUGGCCCAUGAUUAUCAACUUUGUUCUCACAAACUGAAAUUUUGUGUGCCUACAAUAUCAUAUGGUUUGACUUUACUGGAAUUAGAAGUCAAUAAUUUCCUGUUGUAAAUUAUGCUCUCUUUUGCUUCUUAUGAUAAUGAAACCAUUGUUCAAAAGGUUACACUCGUUUCCUCUGGAGUUUGAUAUCCUAAGACUCAGCUAUCGGUUCUUUGAACUACAUCCUUUCCUUCACCAUACGAACUUAUCAUUCGGUGCAUUCUAGGAAUGGGUUAUAGCAUGAGCCUUUUCAAUUUCCCAUCUGAUUUGAUGUGUUCUAUGCUGUAUUUCUAUAUUAGAGAUAUGACUGAUACCAUGACCCCUCAUGAGGCAUUUUAGAUUUACUUUGUGUUCCUAACAGUUGCAAAUCUCCAUCAACUUUCAACACAACCGGCAGGUGUUGCUUUUCAGUUUCCUGUUCUUUGGUAAAAUUUUCACUGACUGAGAACAGACGAUAAGUACAACUACAAUGAUGGUGUGUUAGAAAUACUGGAAUUCAGUUGAUAUAAAUUCUUUUAUUUGAUUCAUUCAGGUCUUGUUCGGGACAGGGAUGCCACAGAAGCUUCCAUCUUUGUUGUGUUAACCCCCCAUUUACCUAUUUCCCUCCCGGUGUUUGGCACUGUGUUUGGUGUGUUAAAAGGAAGAUGGAAUUAGGCGUUUAUUCUGUAUCAGAGGGAAUAGAGACUAUUUUGGAUGCUGAGGGAGUAUCGGAUGAUGAAGGUCCGGUAUUUCUACCAGCACACCUAGACAAUGUCUUCCAUGUGAAAGUUUUUUUAUGCUGUAUAAUUGUUGGAUCCUUUUGAGUUGUGAUAUCGCAUCUGAUGCCUUCUAAACAUCAUGAUAGAAAACCCGAAGCAAUACUUAGUCAAGUACCAGGGCCUUGCUCAUGUUCAUAAUUGCUGGAUUGAAAGGGAAAAACUCCGUUUAAAGGCUCCUGCAGUGUUUUCAAGAUAUAGGAAACGGAAAGCAGUAUCUAGGUGGAAAAGGAAAUGGACUGAACCACAACAACUAUUAGCCAAGAGAUUAUUGAUAGUUCCUGAUCAAUCCAACAGCUCUUGGGGAAAUCCCAAUUGCUGUCAUGAGUGGCUAGUGAAGUGGACCGGCCUUGGCUAUGAUCAGGCAACAUGGGAAUUAGAAGAUGCUUCAUUUCUUAAGACUCCUGAAGGUAGGAAGUUAGUUAGCGAUUUUUCUAUUCGUCACCAAUUAAAAGACAAGUCAAAACCAGCUGAGGAAAGUAAGAUGUGUAAAAAUCUUGGGAGAGGAGGAGUGCUUCCUUCUGAACUGACAGAACUUCCUUGUGGGGGUACAGAUCAUCUACAUUAUGUUAACAAGCUACUUCAGUGCCGUUAUAGAGAUCAAAAUGCUCUUGUCAUUGAUGCAGAGGAGCGAAUUGCCGUGGUGGUUUUAUUUGUCUUGACUUUGCUUAAAGAAAUGAGUGGUCCUUUUCUGAUUGUCACUACCUCCAGUUCUAUGUGGGAGGCAGAAUUUCGGAGAUGGGCUAAAACUGUCAACGUUGUUUCAUAUGAGGGAAAGAGAGAUACUUGGGAUAUCAUCAGAACUUUAGAAUUCUACAACGUGGAUGGCUGCAUCAUGUUCCAGGUUCUUCUGUCGCCGCCUAUUGCUGUUGCCGAGGAUUUCGAAAAUUUGAGAUCAAUCAAAUGGGAAAUCAUAGUUUUGGAUGAUUUCCGCCGUCCAACAAUAUCAGCGCAGACAGAGACAAUCAAGAUGCUGGCAGCUAACAUGAGACUGCUUCUUGUUAGUAGUCACAUAAAGGAUUGGAGCAGCAAUUACCACGAUGCUCUUUCUUUGCUCGAACCUGAUUAUGAAGGGGUCAAGAGGAACGUUUUGGAGGAUGACGGUAACAUUGAUAGCUCAGAGUUGAAGGCAAAAUUGGUGGAUUUUACUGCCUAUGAACGUAAAUGUGAAGCAGUUAAAGUAACAGAGUUUUGGGUUCCUGUCAUGCUUAGUGACGUGCAAGCUGAACAAUACUGUGCCUCCCUGCUGUCAAAUUCAGUGUUUCUUUGUUCAAACUCAAAGUGUGAUUCAACCUUCUCUGUCCGUGACCUACUGAGAACAGCAAGAAAGUGUUGUGAUCACCCCUAUCUUGUGGAUCGGUCUUUGUGGAAUUUGGUGCUACAAGGUAAACCUGCAUCAGACCACUUCGACAUUGAAGUCCAAAUGAGUGGGAAGUUGCAACUUCUAAGUAAGAUACUUCCAGUAAUUAAAAAUCGAGGGCUGAGAGUGGUCAUUCUUUUCCAGGCAGUGACCUGUUCUGAUGGGAUUUCUAUCGGAGAUAUUAUUCAUGAAUUCAUUCACCAAAAGUUUGGUAUAAAUUCUUAUUCACGGAUUGAUGGUGGGCUUCCUCGUCACAAGAAGCAAUCCGUGGUUGAAGCCUUCAAUAAGAAAGAAAAUGAAAAAUUCGUGUGUUUGAUCGAAACUCGGUCUUGUGUUCCCAGCAUUAAAAUUGCCUCUAUAGACGCAAUCAUCAUUUUUAACAGUGACUGGGAUCCCAUCAGUAAUGUUAAAGCUUUGCAGAAGAUAACAAUAGAAUCACGCCUAGAACAGUUGAAGAUCUUUCGUUUGUAUUCAUGUUAUACAGUGGAAGAGAAAGCAUUGAUUUUGGCCAAGGAAGGUGCAGCUGUUGACAGUAAUGAUACGAAUAUAAAGCAAACCACUUGUCACAAGCUUUUGACUUGGGGUACCUCAAGUCUAUUUAGAAGGAUUGACGACUCUUGUAAAUCUAGCGAAUCUUCUUCAAGUUCAAUGAAUUCUUUGGAGCAGAAUAUUCUGGAAGAUGUCAUUCAGGAGCUCUCGGCUUUGCUUCCUGCAAGAAGUUUAGAAAAUGCUUCAACUUGUUCUAGCAGGAAAAAAGGAUCCAGCAAUGUUCUGACAGUGAAACUCAGUGAAGGGACCUACCAAGGGAACAAUCUUUACCUACUUGGUGAAUUGAAAGCCCAAUCAGAGAGCAAUUUGUCUGCAGUUGGAGAACUAAUGGAUAAGCCACCACGAGUUUUCUGGAAAAAGUUGCUCGAAGGCAGGGAACCUAGGUGCAGAUACGUAUCUAGUCCAUCACAAAGAAGUAAAAGAAAAAUGAAACUAGUGACUAGUCUGUUUGAGGAAACUGAAGUGCCAGAAAAAGCUGGAGAGAAAAGCAAAAUGGAAGCCAGUAGCAUCUUGAAACAAACAUUGAAACGGAAAAUGAUAAUUGAUAAAGGAUUGGACGGUUGCCAUGUUGUGAAAAAGCUUGCAGUUGAUUCUCAAAAUUCAGGCAUCAGAAGACACAGAUGUGUAUCAAUAGUGGCAAAUAGUGCUUCCCUUGGCUUGGCUUCGCAUUCCCUUAAUGCCAGAAUGGAGCUGCCAGCAUCUCCUAGUUCACUCGUUGUUGGCCAUGAAGCUGGUGAUCAGACAGAAUCCGUGGAAGGAGAAAAUAUUAAUCCAGAUAUCUCAAAUAAUCAUUUCACUGAAUCAUCAUUGAGAAGAUCUCAGGCUCCCCAGUCUCCGUGUUUGGCAUCACUUCAACAAGAGAUGGAAAGAAUACAGGAGGCCAAAGAGCAAGCUGUAAAAUUACACGAGGAUUUGAAACUACACCUUGAAUCCGAGUGUGAAAAAGAGAUUUUGGAGAUCCGUAAGAAGUAUGAUGUGGUUCUUCACGAUGCUGAGGCUGUGAUGGCAGAAAAGAAAUCAGCACUUGAGAGUUGCUACCAAAUAACAUACAAACAGAUAUUAUUAGCUGAGGCAAUGAUGCAAAAGCAACAUGAUAUACCUUCGGCUCAUUCACCUGGGCAGAAUGAAGUGACUCUGUCAACGUUCAUGAAGAACAUACAUCAAGUGUGCUCUACAGUGCUUACCCGAACAACAGUUUCACCACCAUGUGCACCUGGGAGUCCACCACCACUGGUUGAGAAUAACCCACCAGAUAUUGAGCAAUGUGCUGCAUACAACCCGGCAGUACCUGAAGGGGAAUCAAGGGGGCCUCAUAUGGAGAUCAGUUCACCCAGAACUUCAUUGCAGGUUGUGGGUAAUAGUACAUCAACAGGGCAUCCAGUUGCUGUUCCUGCUGUCUGCAGAGCUGGACAAUCUACAAUUGCUACUUCAUUGCAGAUCGUUGGUAGUAGUACAUCAUUAGGGCAGCCAGUAGUUGUUCCUGCUGUCUGCGAACAAUCUUCUCAAAACUUGGCAUCACUUAUGGCACCAUCUGUGUUAGAGCGCAGCUUAGUCGCCUCGAGAAACGAUUUGAGACCACCUUCUAUUGCAAGCAUUCGUCUAUCAGGCAGCUCGGUUUCAAAGGGUCCAUCCAGGGCUCCUGCUCCACAUUUAAGAACAUCUCUACCUUGUAAGUAAUUCAAGAUUAUAGACGUCUGGAGCCAGAUGUUGCUGAGUGAAAAAACCUUUGCCUCCUUAACAUUUGAAUAUCCAGGGGAUAUUUCAUAUUUUGCGCUCUGAAUUGAAGUCUUCUGGUAUUUUGUAUAUGUUGAGCGUGGCUAGUAAGCCAGGUUAUGCUGGCUUCCGAACUUAAACUAACAUGAAUAGACAUUUUGGUAGGCCGAUGGGAGGAUUGAGAAAUGACAGAUAGCUGUCGGUAGGUGAUAUAUAUUGAUGGGUGUUGAUAAAUUGAGAGCAAAAUCCUAUUAAAUACUUAUAUUAGUCUUAUGUACAUUUUAAGAGAUUUAUUUAUUUACUGAUUUUUCUUGAUUC